GAGUCAGGGGUUAGGGGAGGAGAGGGAGGACGUCAUGUUUAAGAAACGAAACCUACGGUUCGGAGGAACAGUUACAGUAGUCACUCGACGUGCAAGCAGUUCUCUCUUUCAGGGGUAAAAUCAAACAAUAACUACAACAAGGAAUGGCCUCUCCUACUUCCUGGUCUGAAGAGAACUUUUCAUGUCCCAUCUGUCUGGAUGUGUUCAGCAGCCCAGUGUUUACACCAUGCGGACACAACUUCUGCAGAGCCUGUAUUACUAAGUUCUGGGAUGAACAAGCCCAGUGCAAAUGUCCAGUUUGCAACGAGCUCUUCCACGCUAGACCUGAUUUGAGGGCCAAUAUCCUUGUAUCAGAGAUGGCUGCUCAGUUUAAAACGUCUGUACGAGUGAAAGAGCAGCCUUGUGUUGAAUCAGGAGAAGUUCCCUGUGACGUCUGCACUGGAACCCAGCUGAAGGCCGUGAAGUCCUGCCUAAUGUGUUCUACCUCUUACUGCCAAACCCACCUGGAGCCACAUCAGAGAGUCGCAGGCCUGAAGAAACAUCAGCUGGUCGAGCCUAUGGACCAUCUGGAAGAAAGGAUGUGUAAGAAACAUGACCGACUUCUGGAGCUCUUCUGCAGGACUGAACGGGUGUUUGUGUGUCAGUUCUGCACAGAGGGUGACCACAGAUCCCAUCCUGUUGUACCUCUGAAGGAGGAAUAUGAAGUGAAGAUGGCCCAGCUGGGAAACAUAGAGUCUGAAGUUCCGCAGAUGAUCCAGGGGAGAAAACAAAAGAUUAAGGAGCUCAAAGACACAAUAAAAUUGAGCAAGAAAGACGCAGACAGAGAGAUUGCCGAUGGUUUGCAGGCCAUCACUGCUCUGAUGCGCUGCAUUGAAAAGUGGCAGGAAGAUUUCAACCAAACAGUUCAAGAGAAACUGAAAUCCACAGAGAAACAAGCUGAAGACCUGAUCAAAGAGCUGGGGCAGGAAAUCGAGGAUCUGACCAAUAGAAGCUCAGAGGUGAAGCAGCUCUCGCACACUGAAGACCACCUCCACUUCCUCCAGGCCUUCAGAUCCCUGAAGGAUCCUCCACCCACCAGGGACUGGACCACGGUGGAGGUCCGUCCUCAGUCAUACGUAGGGACCUGGAGGAGAUCCCUGGAUCUGCUGGAGGAGACACUGAACAUGGAGAUGAAGAAACUGCAUGGUGCUGAACUGAAGAGGGUCCAGCAGUAUGAAGUAGAUGUGACUCUGGAUCCUGAUACAGCUCAUCCCAAUCUCAUCCUGUCUGAGGAUGGGAAACAAGUACAUUAUGGAGGUUUGCUGAAUAUUCGCCCAGACAACCCUAAGAGAUUUAUAUAUUUUCCAUGUGUUCUCUCGAGGCAGAGCUUCUCAGGGAGAUUUUACUUUGAGGUCCAGGUUAAAGAUAAGUCUGUAUGGUGUUUCGGAGUGGUCAGAGAGUCAAUCAACAGAAAAACAAACAUUGCAUUGACCCCUAAAAAUGGCUGCUGGAGGAUAUCAUUCAACAAGGAUGUGUUUGUAUUUCAUGAUGACCCUGUUGUCCGUGUUCCUCUGAGAGCUGAGCUCCAGAAGGUGGGGGUGUAUGUUGAUUAUGAAAAGGGUCUGCUCUCCUUCUAUGAUGUGGAAGCCAGGGUUCAUAUCUACUCUGCUACUGGCUGCACCUUCAGUGAGCCUCUCUAUCCACUCCUCUAUCCAUUUGACUUUGAUGGUAGAAAAUCUUCCCUCCUGAUAAUCUCACCUGUUAAUCAAACAGACUAACACUGAUUGAUAUUAAACAAACAAGAACUAAUGAUAUUUCCUGAAUAAUCUGCAAUUUUUAGAUCAGAGAACUGCAUUAAUGUUGUACUGUUGUCAUUUACAAAGUAUCGUAUUCUAACGUAACGUUAGAAUAUUUUAGUUUCUACAUGUAUGGCAGUGUUUUUCAAAGUGUAUUAAUGUAAGGUCAGGGUUGACUUAACAUGGACUAGUCUAGCAUAACGAUUGCUUAUCAAUAACCUAGCUGCUAGAGCUACUUGGCUAACAAUCGAUGCUGGACUUUAUUUUAGUUUAUUAUCGUUUAACCUUUACAAUAUUGCAAGUUGCAAAAGUCUUUAAAAUAAACAUAACAAAUACCUCUGAAGACAUGGGUCUACCUUACCUUUUAUUCAGACAUUUACAUCCACUGUGUGCCAGUGCCGCCUUCCAACUUCUUCAAGUGCGCGCCAAGAUAAAAUGAAGUGCUGAGAAAAAUAACUUCUCUUCUCAGGGUAACGGCUCAUCCAGGACACCAGGGUUGGGCAGUAUAUUCCAGUAAUAUAACACAUUAACAACACAAAAUAACACAAAUUGUGUUAAAAUUGUGAUAACACAAAAAAUGUGUAAUUAUUUAACACAUGAAAAUAAUCCAGACUAUUUUAAAUAUAGCCCAUUGUAAAUUAUUAUAUUCCACUAUAUUCUGUAAAGUGGGUUUUCUCCGUAUACUUUUUUAGAUAAUAUUGUCAAUUGUGUCAGUUAUGUAGAUCAACUUUAGACGAUACCGUAAUAAUAUUUACAUUACUAUUAGUUGUAUAGGCCUAGUUGAUAUAUUUUGGAAUCAUGAAUAAACACCCAAUUCAUA